GCGGGGGGAGCCGCAGCUCCGCCUGGCGGCUGCCUCGGUUGGGCUGUGGGAGCUCUGUCAGGGACAGAAAGGGGAUAAAGUUUUUCUUAGUAAGUCAAUGGGCAGCUGCAAGGUACCGCACAGCGAGUCCGAUACGCGUACGGGAGGGUUUAGGCCUGAAAAUGUCCCCAAAAUGAGGUGGUGCCCGGCGCUUUGGGCCCUGAGGCGAAGGGCCAGGCGCUGUCAGGUGUCAUCCCUUCGGUUUCAGGCUGGUGCUGCCAAAUCUGUGGGGAGAUUUGCCACUGUGAUCGAAAAUUGCCUUGGGUAUGUAGCAAAAACACUACAGACGACAAAUAGAGGCCAUUCUGAAUAUAAACGGGAACAAAUUCCUUGUCAGAAAUGCCUGUUAGCCCAUUGUUAGCCCAUCUGAAGCACUCAGUCCAUAUUAUUCUUAUUUGCUCCUCAGGUUGACAGGACUGUAAGGGACUUGGACUCAUUCAGAACUCUGCACACCACAAGACCCACUAUUUUCCCAUCUGGUUAAUACCAUCCUCAGUUUAGCUCGUAAGGGACUUUCAACAGUUUUGGACUUGAACCUGAAGUCACAUGACACAAUGAGCUAAGUUCAGUACAGAAGAGUGUGUUGGCCUGCCAAAGCCAAAAGACAACCUACGGCAAUUCCGAGUCGUGGAAGAGACAUAGCAACCUUUGGGAUUAUUGCUUAGCAACUGCAAACACAGAGAGGAGUAAAACUCACAGCCUGGCUCCGCAGCAGUCAUUGACAAAUGGCUGCUCAGCCGGAAGAAGCAGCUCAAACUGCAGGUCUAAACCAUCCCAGCCUUGUAGGUAAGAAUAUGACUGCCACAGAAAUGAAGAGAAAUCAUGGGAGUGAUGAGCUGCCAUGUCGUAGUAAUUGUGCUCCGUGGAAAGAGUGCUUUUAUGAAAAGGUACAGCAGAGGUCUCUGAAUCUGCAGGAAAAAAAGGUGAAGAUGAUUCAGGCACAAAAGGCAGAAGAAGAAAAGGUAAAAAAGAGAGAGCCCUGCGACUGGCUGUGCAAAGAGUGGUUCAGUGAUGAGAAGGAGUCACUGGAUACUCGCACCUAUUUGCUUGACAAACUCCUACCUACAUUAAUCCCAGGAGUGGAAAAGCUGUUAAUGCAAGUGGAAAGAAAGAAUGUGCUUGUACCAGACAAAGAACCAACCAAAUUUGACCCCAUUACUUUUCUUGGAGAAUAUCUGAUGAGACAUAACCCUCAGUAUGAUAUUUCUACAAAGCCAGGCCCCUACCUGAGAGGAAUGAAGAUGGUCACAGAGGAGCUGAAAACUGAAAUGGCAGAUACAGCACCGGAGAGGCUGGCCAGGAUGAAGGCUGAGGCAAAGACCAAACGUAAGGAAAGGGAACAGGUGGAAAAUAUGAAGUCUGAGCAGAAAGAGAUGAGAAAGGAGGCGCUGGCAAUUCAAUUCAAAGAGUGGACAGUGGAUAUCAGUGGCAGAAUACCAGUUGCACUGAUUCAGAGUGCACUGAGGUCUUUCCUGGAUGUCGUUGCUUCUGCUCCCAUGGAUGUGAGAGAAGCCAUCUAUGACAGGAAGCUGGAAAUCAUAGACACAUUGGAACAGAAAGUAAACAUUGAUGAAUUCACAGAGUAUGUCCAUUCCUACACUGAAAAUUUUUCAAAUGACAUGUUCCAAGAAAUUCUGAAGCAUCUCCGUCAGUGUGCUCUUAACUUCCAGAAAGCCAUAAGAUGUGAUAUGUGGAGGCAAAUGUUUACCGAUCUCUUCCUAGAUUGUGAUUAUGGAAAGGUUGGUCUCUUAGACAGACAAAAAAUUCUUGCCCUGCUGGAAGAAUUCUAUGACAGAAGCCCCAUGAGUGCUAAGAGGAGAUUCUGUAACCCAAGACAGUGGCCAAUAAUUGAACUGCAAGAGAUUGAGCUUGCAGAUUUCUGGGGAGACCUUCAUGACCAGGAAGUUUGUGAGGAACUCAGUGAAAAUUUAGUCUUGUCUCAAGCAGAGAUUUCCGAGGGAGAGAUUUUACCAUGUGAACCUGUAGGUGACAAUAGCCAAGGCAGUUAUGAAAUGAGCACUAGUGUCAGUGAAAGUCCUCUUGAACAAAUGGACAUGAGUGAAGCUGAGACUGGAGGAAUUUCUAAGGAAGAAAAACAAGCAGCAGAAUCAAGUGAUGCUGAGGAUGCUCCAGUUGCAGAGGCUGUGAAAGAAACUGCUGCAAGGAAAGAGAGUUCUCUUAGUGAACACAGCGGCCAGUUUGGACAGCAGACAAGCUCAGAGACAAGACUGCAAGACGAGGACCUGCAAGACCAGGGUAAAGGUCCAGCUUAUUCAGACAGACAGGAUUCUCAGGCUAAAGCUGGCCAGGAGUUUGAACUGCCAUGGUCAGGUGACCUUCUCACCUUUGACCUAAGCUUCAAGUAUAGCAGCUAUGGAGAGAGAAUUCCAGAGGAGUGGAUCUGUGAGGACACCAGAUUUGCAGACUUACGUCCCAUCAUGGCAGACAUUCAGAACCGUUGUACAUCUCGUGUUAGGAGUGCCUUUGAUGAACACUGCCUCAACCUGCCACAAUUUGUUCAACUCCUGGAGACAUUUGUUGGUCAAGACAUUCCUCUGCCUACUGUGAAGAGUCUUAUUGAAUUUAUCAAAGAAGAAUACAAACAGACAGAAGAAUCAAAAAUUGAACAACUAGAAAAGGUUCGCCGCACCUCUCGCUUGGCCCAUCGAAAACUGCUUUUGGAAGCACUUUUUGAAAAGUGGAACAAGAAUGCAUCUGGGUUUCUGGACCUGAAAGAGGUGGAUGCUGUUCUAAGCACAUUCAAGGAAGGAAUGGAAAAAGAGGCCUUGAGGAAGGCAAAAAGCCACUUCAGCUCACGUUACCCACAGUCUAGCAGAGUGGAGAAGCUCUCCCCAGAGGCAUUCCAGACUUUCCUUGAGCUAGUGGCUUCUGAGUUCACUGGGAAUGAAGAUGAAGUUAUUGCUAACAUUGUGGAAUUUUUGACUAUGAGUGUGGAACGAAGCUGGAUGGAGUGCCUGCAAAGCUUGACCAGGAGGAAAUGGCUGCACAACAUCCAGCAAGCAGCUGAGACAAGCGGAGCAAGCAUGGAACCUGUUUACAAAGCAGUGUUUAAGGCCCUCUCCCAGGAUGCAGAAGCCCACGGGGAUAACAAGAAGAUCAGUGCGUAUAUUGCCCUUUUGGAAGAGAACCAGCUCUCACCAGAGCGGGGACAGAUUCUCUUACACUAUGUGGCGUGUACCACAGAUGAUGCUCCAUAUGUUCUCAACCAGAUUCUGUACAAAGACAUGAAAGGAGUAAGCUUUGCAGCUGUUGAAGAGGGAAAACCAAUCCAUGUUCCAAGAGUUCAGCUCCACGGAAAUAUCCACUUCUGGAACUAUGACCGUCCAGUUGAGGAGAGAAGAGGUUCACUCCUGGUACUGCCAUUACAAGAUGCUCACUGGAAUGUCUUUGGCAUUCUAGGAAUUGAUACUCUUCGGGACCAGAGUGAGAAAACCAUCUUUCUGACCCAUGAGAUCAGUUUCUGCCAGGGAGUUUCCCUUGCAUUCAGCAAAGCCUACCAUCAUGUGUGCGCACUAGAAAACGUUCUGCAAAUGACCCUCACUGCACUCGACUGGUUGUAUCCCAGAGUCUCCAGCAUCCACGCUGUUACUACAUACCUGGUGGAGCCUGGCAAAGAUCAGACAUGUGACUAUGCUCUACGUAAAAUGAUUACUACAGAUAAUACAGGACAAAAAGAAAUUCAUACUUCUGCUGUUCUUUUCCUCAGAAAAGAAAACCUUUUAAGAGAUUACCUAUUUAAGUGCAUAGACACUUCAGAAGUCGUUUGCACUUCUGUCUGUGGAGAGUACCACAUUGCAGUACCUCUCCGUGACCUAUCGAGACAAGCUUUUGCAUUAUUUGAUAUCAGCAUCGGACACCACCAGAAAUUAUCUCCUCAUGAAUAUAAAGACCUGCAGAAAAUGCUGAAGAUGGCCCAAGCUGCCUGCUGUGAGAUACUGAAGAUACCUUCAGAGGAAACAAAACCAACCUAUGUACUAGAGGCAGAACACAUGAAUUCGAGGCAUGCAGGAAUUCUUUUCCACCGGUUCAUGCUGCAGGACCUACGUGAGUGUGUCCAGAAACUCAGUGCUGAGAGCUUUGCUGAAAUAAAGGGCUAUGAAGAACCACCAGCUCUAAUACAUAACAUAGUUAAGGCUGUGCUGUUGCUUUUCAAUCCAAACUGGAAGGGCUCAGAGAAGAUUGAGAGCUGGAGUCAGUGUAUACAGAAUCUUGAUGACAAUUUGAUUCAGGAGAUUUAUUGCUUUGAUCCAACUGCUCCAUCUGUGCAAGUUCAAGGAGAGCUGCUGCUGGACUGUAUUGGUGGUGUACCCAGAGCAGAGCUGUGGAAGCAGGGCUCAGUUCCAGCCGAGUACCUGUACAACUGGGUGCACACCUGCUUGGCACUGAUGGAGAUGACAAAGAGCCUACAGAAUAAAGAAGUUCCAGAUUUCACCAGCAAAGUCUAGCGUGCCUUCAGCUGAAACACUGGUUCCUCAUCUAACCCUAGUGGUUCUGCUAUUUGACAUCUUUUAUUUAAUAAACUGGUGCUUUAUAUUUUGGUCUGUUAUAAUGGUCUGUUGUAUGUUAUUAAGAAAAAUAAAAGCAUUAAAGGAGACAA